AUGGGUGAAACAGAGCAGAGACCAACAGCAGGAUCCCGGUUAGGAGCUCAGGAAAAUGCUGGGAUCAGUACCUUGGAGCACGGACAGAAACCACCUAUGAUGCCUCCUGGAAAACUCAUCUCCAUCAAAAUUCAGAUGCUGGAUGACACGCAAGAAACUUUCGAUGUUCCGCAAAGAGCUCUGGGGAAAGUUCUGCAUGAUGCUGUUUGCAACCACCUGAACCUUGUUGAAGGCGAUUAUUUUGGCCUUGAGUUUCCAGAUCAUAAAAAGAUGAUGGUGUGGCUUGAUCUUUUGAAGCCUGUUGUGAAACAGAUUAGAAGACCGAAGCAUGUUGUUGUAAAAUUUGUCGUAAAAUUCUUCCCACCUGACCAUGCUCAGCUGCAGGAGGAACUGACAAGGUACCUAUUUGCAUUGCAAGUGAAGCAGGACCUGGCACAGGGAAGGCUAACGUGUAAUGAUACCAGCACUGCCCUCUUAAUCUCGCACAUAGUACAGUCUGAGAUUGGGGAUUUUGAUGAAACCAUAGAUCGUGAACACUUAGCGAAGAACAAGUAUAUACCUCAGCAAGAAGCACUAGAAGACAAAAUCAUGGAAUUUCACCGUAGUCACAUGGGACAGACACCAGCAGAGUCUGACUUCCAGCUUUUGGAGAUUGCCCGUCGGCUGGAGAUGUAUGGAAUACGCUUGCAUCCAGCCAAGGACAGGGAAGGGACAAAAAUCAACCUGGCUGUUGCCAACACAGGCAUUCUGGUGUUUCAGGGUCACACCAAGAUCAAUGCCUUCAACUGGGCUAAGGUUCGAAAGCUGAGCUUCAAGAGGAAACGUUUUCUUAUCAAACUACGGCCUGAUGUGAAUAGCUCAUUCCAGGACACCCUGGAAUUCCUUAUGGCCAGUCGAGAUUUUUGCAAGUCUUUCUGGAAGAUCUGUGUGGAGCAUCAUGCCUUUUUCAGGCUUUUUGAGGAACCUAAACCAAAGCCUAAACCCGUUCUUUUUUCUAGAGGUUCAUCAUUUCGGUUCAGUGGUCGGACUCAGAAGCAAGUUCUUGACUACGUUAAAGAAGGAGGGCACAAAAAAGUGCAGUUUGAAAGGAAACACAGCAAGAUUCAUUCCAUCAGGAGUCUGACUGCACAGCCUUCAGAACAGCAUACAGAGGUGCCAAAACAAUCUUCCCAGAGCUCUAGCUUUGCCUAUGGAGACGACAAUGAUGCUGCAGCAGUGCAGAGCUGCCGGCAAGGGAAGGAAUUGAAGGCUUCAGCGGAAGACACUGGACAGCACAAGAGCCCUUCCUUGAAGAAGAGCCCGAAGGAAGCCAGAAAGGUGGAUGGAGCAGUGGUGUCAACAGUGGAAGAAGAAGAGGAGGCUGCUAAGGACAGGAUGCAGCAGAACAGACCUCAGUCACAGCAACCAAGCACAGGUUCUCUGACUGGCAGCCCUCACCUUUCAGAGCUUUCGAUCAAUUCCCAAGGAGGACCAUCGGUGGCAAAUAUGUCUUUAUCUCCAAACUUGAGCCCUGAUGCCAAGCAGUCAUCUCCCUUGAUCAGCCCUUUGCUGAAUGACCCAACAUGCAUCAGGACUGACGAUGAGGAGGAGGUCAAAAGAAAGAGAUUCCCAACUGAGAAAGCUUACUUCAUUGCUAAAGAAGUAGCGACCACAGAACGAACAUACCUGAAGGACCUUGAAGUCAUCACAUCGUGGUUUCAGAGUGCAGUGAGUAAAGAGGAUUGCAUGCCCGAAACACUGAAAAAUCUCAUUUUCUCCAACUUCGAACCUUUGCACAAAUUUCACACUGGUUUUCUCAAGGAAAUUGAGCAGAGACUUGCUCUGUGGGAAGGCCGCUCUAAUGCUCACAUUAAAGGAGAUUACCAAAGAAUCGGAGACGUUAUGCUAAAGAACAUCCAGAGUAUGAAGCAACUGACAAUUCACCUGUGGAAGCACAAUGAGAUAUUAAUGGAAUUGGAGGACGGGAUCAAGAACUCUCGCAAGCUGGAGACCUUUUGCAGGGAUUUUGAGCUACAGAAGGUCUGCUACUUGCCUCUCAAUACCUUCCUUCUCAGACCUCUGCACAGGCUUAUGCACUACAAGCAGAUAAUGGAGAGGCUUUGCAAACACUACCCACCAAGCCACAUAGACUUCAGGGAUUCAAGAGCUGCUUUGGCUGAGAUUUCUGAAAUGGUGGCUCAGCUCCAUGGCAAUAUGAUAAAGAUGGAGAACUUCCAGAAGCUGCACGAACUCAAGAAAGACUUGAUAGGCAUAGACAAUCUGGUGAUACCAGGAAGGGUAAGUAGCAGAGUUGUGAUCGAGAGCCCCAGCCUGGGGUCUGCUUGCCGUGCCGUGCCCGUGGCUACGGAGAAGUCUCCUGUUAGGCUGGUGAAGGAGUUCAUUAGACUGGGCAGUCUUAGUAAGUUGUCUGGAAAAGGUUUACAGCAACGGAUGUUCUUCCUGUUUAACGAUAUUUUGUUGUACACAAGUAGAGGCCUGACAGCAUCGAAUCAGUUCAAAGUCCACGGUCAUCUUCCACUGUAUGGCAUGACAAUAGAAGAAAGUGAAGAGGAAUGGGGGGUUCCUCAUUGUCUGACGCUACGAGGUCAACACCAGUCCAUCGUUGUCGCUGCAAGUACCCGCGCCGAGAUGGACAAAUGGACCGAGGACGUUCAGAUGGCAAUAGACCUGGCAGAGAAAAGCAGUGGCCCUGCCCCAGAGUUACUGGCUAGCAGCCCACCUGACAACAAGUCUCCUGAUGAAACUACUGUAGACCAGGAAUCUGAGGACGACCUCAGUGCAUCCCGCACCUCACUCGAACGUCAGUCACCACACCGUGGCAACACUACGGUGCACGUCUGCUGGCACAGAAAUACCAGUGUUUCAAUGGUCGACUUUAGUAUUGCUGUGGAGAACCAGCUGUCUGGAAAUCUCCUAAGAAAAUUCAAAAACAGCAACGGGUGGCAGAAGCUUUGGGUGGUGUUCACCAACUUCUGUAUGUUCUUCUACAAAUCGCACCAGGACAAUCAUCCUUUAGCCAGCCUUCCUUUAUUGGGGUAUUCGCUUACCAUUCCUUCCGAAUCUGAAAACAUUCACAAAGAUUAUGUGUUCAAGCUACAUUUCAAAUCCCACGUCUACUACUUCAGGGCUGAAAGCGAAUACACAUUUGAAAGGUGGAUGGAAGUGAUCCGAAGUGCCACCAGCUCUGCCGCACGCACGCGAGCUCUGAGCCACAAAGAGCCUCACGCCUAUUGACGGCCGAAGAAGCCGCCCUGGUGAUUGUCCGGCAGCUGCUGAUUUUCUAGAGGACGUUUGAAACUCUCUUCUCCCUCCAAGUUUAGUAAAACGGACGAUUUGGUAAAAGAAAAGAAAAACAAUCAGUACGGUUUUGCAGAAACUGUCACAAUUCCUCAGCAAAACUCUUUCAGUUCUCCAUGUGUUCAGACUAGCUUACCAUCAUCCCAGUGGCUGCGGUUUGUUUCAUGUCUUGUAUUUUGUCAUUCUGUGCUGUUUUUAGCUUGUGCCAGUAUUAAAAUAUUGUCCUUAUUAGAGUGCCAAAUGCCAAAAGACAUUUUGUUGCCUCAAAGAUUGCACCUAAAAAAAAAAAAAAAAAGACGACUUCACAAUCUGAAAACUUUCUCCUCUGAGGCAAACACUAUUUCUUCUCUUUUCAUAAAAAUAUAUAUAUAUUUUUUUUUUACCAUGUUAAUCUGUAGACUGCUGGAUUUUUAAAUGUAGAUGGACUUUCACAGUAUAGAAUAUAAUUAUAUAUACAGCAAGUAGUCUAACAGGAAUGAGAUAACUUUCAGACUUCAAUUUUUCCCCAGUCUUUCUACAUUUAAUCAGCAAGGAAUUACUAAUUUUCUAUCUUUAACAAGGAAACAGUUUACAGCUCGUUCUCAUCUCCUUUUGGGGUUACAAAUCCACAUGGUAUAAAUAAAGUAUAGGAUCCUUAUCUAACGAUGUUCCUGGUGCAAGUUGACCAAAUUGUUCAUCUGUUGGCUUUGAAAAGUGAAUACUACUUGCAAGAUGCAAAAUUUUUAAAAUAAUCCAGUGCAAUAUUAUUUGGGCUGUUAAUGUACUGUGAAUGGUAUGUACAAGAAGAAAUUAAAGGCUGUGGUGACA